AUGUUUCUUUGCACCAACCUGCUCACAGCAGCCAUUGGCAUCUCUGCCUUUGCAGCAGAGGCCUCAGCCGCCCUACUGCCAGAAAAAGAUGACAUCCCCUCCCUCCUCUACACCCGCAACGAAGCAAGCAACUCCUCAUCAUCAUGGCCCUACGGUCCCUUCAGCACUUCGGGCAGAGAUAUCCUCAACACCAAAGGCGAAGCCGUAACCUUUGCUGGAGUAAACUGGCCUGGUUCUGGAGAAUCCAUGGUACCCGAGGGCUUGGAGUGGGCGAGUAUCGAGGAUAUUCUGAACCAAGUGCAGAGUGUGGGUUUCAAUUUCAUUCGCUUGACUUAUGCCAUCGAGAUGGUUGAUCAGAUUUAUGAGCGCCACGGUGAGGAUGUGGGUUUGGAGAUCAGUAUGAUCAAUGCGCUGGGCUAUGAGAAUGGUACAAAAGUCACCAAAGAAAUCAUCGCAAAGAACCCUGCUUUCAACAAAGACACCACACGUUUCGAGAUUUGGGACCACAUCGCGUCCGUCGCCCUAUCGAAAAAUAUCUACAUCCACCCAGACGUGCACGUCGGAAAAGCGCAAUGGUGCUGCAACAACACAGACGGCAACGCCUGGUUCGACGACUACAACUUCCCAGUCGCAAACUGGAAGCGCGGAUUACAAUACGUCGCUCAUUGGGCCUCUGCACACAACAACGUGGUAUCCAUGUCUCUGCGCAAUGAGUUGCGACGAGCGAUCAAUGAGACUGCGCCUACGGAAACACUGGGCUACAAUUGGGUGACCUUGGUGGGAAACUACACAGCUGCCACCGAUGCCAUCCAUUCUGCAAACCCGGAUUUGCUGGUUACCUGGUCGGGCAUGCAAUAUGAUCAAGAUCUAUCUGCGUUGAUCCAAGGCAAGAACUUGAAUACAGCUCCUUGCUAUAAAUGCGAUGCUAUCCGCGAUGGCCUCCGCAGAGACCCCAUUGUGUUUGACCUGGCCUCGCACCCUUGGGCGAACAAGGUAGUCUACGAACUGCACUUGUACAGCAUGUCCGAAAACCUGGAUACCGGUUCUUGCCCCAUCAUCUUUGCCGAACUCUACGCCGCGGGCUUCAACGCGAUAGGCAUGCCUCCGCCACCUGCCUGCAACAUUACCAAGGAUUGCCCCACCGCUGCCCGCAAUACUCCAGUGAUCAUCUCAGAGUUCGGUGCUGCGCAGGAUGUGUCGUUGUUUAACGAUACUUUGAUGAACUGUCUGCAGGACUUUACGCUGCAGAAUAAUGUUUCCUGGGCCAUGUGGAGUUUGGCGGGCAGUUAUAGGAUUAGAAGUGGUGCGCAGGGUGUUGGUGAUACGUGGGCUUUGGGCAACUAUAACUGGACUGGGUGGAAUUAUCCAGAGGGUGUUGAGAAGUGGUGGAAGCCUUGGGUGUCCUCGAUGUUUUAG